GCGGCGGCUGCGGCAGUAUGGACCUCGGCGAGCUGGAGAGGGACAAUACGGGCCGCUGCCGCGUGAGCUCGCCCGUGCCCUCCGUGUGCCGCACGGAGCCCUGCGCGCUGGGCGUCGACGAGGCGGGCCGGGGCCCUGUGCUGGGCCCUAUGGUCUACGCCAUCUGUUACUGCCCCCUGUCCCGCCUGGCGGAUCUAGAGGCCCUCAAAGUGGCAGACUCCAAGACCCUGUCGGAGAGCGAGCGGGAGAGGCUCUUUGAGAAAAUCAACCAGGACGGGGACUUUGUGGGCUGGGCCCUGGACGUGCUGUCUCCCAACCUCAUCUCCACCAGCAUGCUCGGGCGGCUCAAAUACAACCUGAACUCCUUGUCCCAUGAUACGGCCACCGGGCUGAUACAGUAUGCCUUGGACCAGGGCGUGAAUGUUACCCAGGUGUUUGUGGACACCGUGGGGCUGCCGGAGACGUACCAGAAGCGGCUGCAGGACUGCUUUCCAGGCAUUGAGGUGACGGUGAAGGCCAAGGCGGACGCCCUCUACCCGGUGGUCAGCGCCGCCAGCAUCUGUGCCAAGGUGGCCCGCGAUCAGGCUGUGAGGGACUGGAGGUUCGUCGAAGAGCUUCAGGACCUGGAUACCGAUUACGGCUCAGGCUACCCCAAUGAUCCCAAGACGAAAGCGUGGUUGAAGAAGUACGUGGAGCCGGUGUUCGGCUUCCCCCAGUUCGUGCGAUUCAGCUGGCGCACGGCCCAGACCAUCUUGGAGAAGGAGGCGGAAGGCGUAACGUGGGAGGACACGCCCACCGAGGACCAGGAUGGAGCCGGAAGGAUCACGUCCUACUUCCUCCACGAAGGCCCCCGAGCCCGCCCCCGCCUCCCCCACCGAUACUUCCAGGAGCGGGGCUUGGAGGCAGCCAGCACCCUCUAGAAGGCAGCCCUUAAUCUGCCUCUCCCCGCCACCGCCCUCCACACUGAGUAAAGUUGUCUAAGAAUAA